GUUUCUGCCUCUCUUCUGCCUUCUUUCUGCCUUUCCUUUGGCUUCAGAUAUGGCUUCGCGCUGAGAGCUUUGUAGGACUUAGACUGGCUUGGCUCCCUCGGGUGAAAAGGCUGCCAUGGCCCUGCCGGACUGGCACAUCGCGGUGAAGCUGGCAGACCAGCCCCUGGCUCCCAAAUCCAUCUUGCGUUUGCCGGAGACAGAGCUGGGAGAAUGCCCACUCGGAGGGUGCAGCAUCUCCUACCUCAAGCAGCUCAUCACUGGCAGGCUGCAGGAGUCUGUCCCAGACCCUGAGCUCAUCGAUCUGAUCUACUGUGGCCGUAAGCUGAGGGAUGACCAGACCCUGGAUUUUUAUGGCAUCCAGUCUGGCUCCACUGUCCAUGUCCUGCGCAAGUCCUGGCCUGAACCUGAUCAGAAACCAGAGCCUGUGGACAAGGUGGCAGCAGUACGAGAGUUCCGAGUCCUCCACACUGCCCUGCACAGCAGCCCUGCCUACAGAGAUGCAGUCUUCAAAAUGCUGGGGAACAAGGAGUCGCUGGAUCAGAUCAUUGUCGCUACUCCUGGCCUCAGCAGCGACCCUGUUGCUUUGGGAGUCCUGCAGGAUAAGGAUCUCUUCUCAGUGUUUGCAGACCCCAACAUGCUGGACACGUUAAUCCCAGCCCACCCUGCACUGGUCAAUGCCAUUGUCCUGGUGCUGCACUCAGUGGCUGGCAGCACUCCCUUGCCAGCCCCUGAGACCUCCUCCCGAGGCAUGGCCUCCAGUUCCUACCGUGACAUGCCAGGUGGCUUUUUGUUUGAAGGUCUGUCUGAUGAUGAAGAUGACUUCCACCAGAGCACAAGAUCCACCCCAUCCAGCAGCACCUCUGGCUCCCGCCCGGCCUCGCUGGGCUAUGCGGGGGCUGCCGGCCCCCGGCCCAUCACCCAGAGCGAGCUGGCCACGGCACUGGCCCUGGCCAGCACCCCGGAGAGCAGCUCCCACACACCCACCCCGGGCACCCAGGGUCACUCCUCUGGGACCUCCCCAAUGUCAUCCAGCGUGCAGUCAGGAACACCCAUCACCAAUGACCUCUUCAGCCAGGCCUUACAGCAUGCCCUGCAGGCCUCAGGGCAGCCCAGCCUGCAGAGCCAGUGGCAGCCCCAGCUGCAGCAGCUGCGAGACAUGGGCAUCCACGACGAUGAGCUGAGCCUCCGAGCCCUGCAGGCCACUGGAGGGGACAUUCAGGCUGCUCUGGAGCUUAUCUUUGCUGGUGGGGCUCCCUAGCUUCCUGCGCAGGAGAGGCUGGACUGGUGGGCAGUGUGCUCCUGUUGGAGAGCUAUGACCAUGCUGAGGGCAGCUGCUCCCAGGAAUCUCUCUCCAGCCUCCUGGCCACCAGAAACAAGACCUCAGACCUUUGUCCAGCAUGGUUCCUCUGUCUUAGAUCUGCCAGCACCCUCUCCUGUCUGCUGAUUCAUUCCUGCCCACCUGAUGUGUCUCUUGUCAUGCUGUUGUGGUCCCUCAGGCUGUA